AUGCCUCCGCGUUCUACUUACCGGCUUGCUGUCUGUCGAUGUAUCACUCAUUGUUGCGGUCAGCAGCUAUACAUCGAUGCCAAUGGAGAAGAUCAGAAUGGCAAUUGUGUCAGUGUUGCGACAAUGAAGGCCCAUCAACUGGCAGACCAGUUUCGCCACUUGUCUGUCCACGCUCCUCAAGACUUGUUUCCAACCCCGCGCCCUCACAUACCCACCAAUUCGCAGUCCUCUUCCUCCCAAGAUUCGCAACCGGGUACACCAACGCACAGCUCAUCUUCUCGGAGCAGCCAUGAGGCUCGUCAUGCGUCUCCCGAAGCUGGCGGUAGUAAUGAUCCACCACGAGCUCAUGGAACUGAAUCUCAAAAUCAGGCCUCUUUUGAUACAACGUUAUACAUGUCACAUAAAGUAUAUGGCAUUGAUCCGGUCCAGCUGUAUCCUCUUUUGUUCGCUGCGUCACUUGCGGUGUUUGCGAAUUUAUCAUCCCUCAACUUGAAUUGGGUUUUGAGGUCCCAACGUGAUUACAUCCAAUUAGUCAAAGAGGCUGGAUCGACGUCUACUGAGGCCCGCACGAAAUUAUUAUAUACUCAACAAAGAGAACUUGAAGAACUACCUGUUGACAUUUCAACAGUUUUUGUUGCACUCAAUCUCAACCCUUGCCUUGCAGUCCUCAACACUUGCCCAUCGUGCUUUGCUUUAUACCGGAUCGGUCACACUCCAGAGCUAUGUAACUUCCCCGUGAACACCGUCCCUGGGUUAUUUGAAUCGGCAUUCCUUCCACCUUCGCUCGAAAUUCCAGAUGUCCACGUGGUCCAAGAAGGCGCUGUCACUUGUUCUCGACCGCUGUUCAAGGACCGUCGUCCCAUCCGUCAAACUGGAUUCCAGGACCUCGAGGCAUGGCUUGCACGUCCUUCAGAACGUCAAAAGAUUUUCGAGAAUCACGGCGUGCGCUAUUCCGUCCUCCUCGAGCUAGACUACUGGAAUUUAAUCGACUUUCAGGUCGUUGAUUCAAUGCACAACCUCUUAUUAGGGUUACUCAACUGGCAUUGCCGUCGUUUUUGGGCUAUGCAAGAUGACGAGGAGGACGAACCAGAGCCACGACCAGCAACUGUACCUGAGAUUCAAGAUUUACUUAAUGAUAUGGCUUCCGAACACUCUGAAGAACCUUUUGAUUCGGUACCCGGCGACCUUCCAACAUCAGCAUCUGGCGUGCAUUUUAAUGACCUGGCCUGCAGUACAGAUAAUUCAUCCACAGAUCCAGACUUUGAGAACACAGGUUGGAAUGAGUGGUGCCUCCUGUCAAAAGAAGCUUCAGCUCGUUAUUCUCCGUUUAUUACCUUGGCAAGACACGUACCACGUAUAACUCGGGACGGGAUCAUCUUUUCCACCAAAUCUGACAAUCCGAACAACAGUGUAGUAAUUACUAAAUCACUCCGAGGCGGCAUCAUAACCUUUGGUCAGAUAGACCUCAAAUCAGUGAAUGCACGUAGACUACUUGGGAUCCGUGGAUGCGUAGUAAGGGAUGUGCUUGGAUUAAAAGCAACUGAUAUAUUAUAUUACAUGGCAGAAUACAAAGAUGAAAUGAAAUACAAGACUUCACAAUACAGAGAAAAGGCUGGAUUAUAUAGAUUUCAGCAUUGUGACAAGACCAACAUAACUCCUAGCUUUUGA